UACCCCAUCCCAUUUUUUCCGUUCCUUGCCUUCAAAGUCUUCCUUUCUUCAUCAAUCAUCAUCUCAUCAGUUUCAACUCUCAAAAACAAAACCCUAAUCUCAAAUAAACCUACCCAGUUCUUCAUCAAUGGCUGAAACGCAGCACUUGUGCGGCAAUACCCAGUUUCCAACAGACCUUACAAGACAGCCUGUUGGCAUUGGCCAAGCUGCUAAGGCCUUCACUCACUUGUACAGUAAGUUUCUUUUCUUUGCUCUCUUUCUUGUUGCUCUUCUGUUUUUCUUUUCUCAAGCUCCUGGAUUUAUCAACCAAACUAUACCCACGACCAAGUUUGGGGACCUUUUUCACCUUCUUUUCAUUGGUCUUGCUGUGUCCUAUGGCUUGUUUUGUCGCCGGAACGUGGAUACGGACAUUGAAACUCACUCUAGUAAUGAUAAUACAGAGUCAUAUGUGUCUAGCGUUCUUCAUGUUUCGUCUAUUUUUGGAGAUGAUUGUGAUAAUUCAUAUGGGUAUGGUGACAAGAAUGUGUGCCAAACUUGGUAUUCUGAUAACCAUGAAGGGGAAUCUGCUGUGAAUAAUAGUGAACAGACCAAAACUGGAUCUUUAAAUAGUGAGGAUAAUGUCAGUCAAGCAUGGAAUUCUCAAUACUUUAGGGGUGAAUCGAUGGUUGUAGUAGAUCAAACAAAUCACGCAUUUAAUGAAUAUGGUGAAUCUGGAUUAAUUAUAGGUCAUAAACAGUUGGGUUUACCAGUUAGGAAUUUGAGAUCAGGAUUAAAUAGCCAAGGUAGUCCUGAGAUUAGUAAUGGAAGUGAAUCUAGUUCAAUUCCGACGGACUCAUCAAGUAGUCCUUCUGAUCAUGUCGUUAUUGAUGAUCACUUUGGUUACUUGAGUCCUUUGGAUAGGGAGAAUAAGUUCAAUGAAACUGCUGGUUUAUCUUCAUCAAUUCAAUGGCGUUCCAGAUCCGGGAGAAUGGAAACCAGCGGAGAUGCAGAUAUGUCCACUCAUCCUUCACACUUUAGGCCUCUCUCCGUUGAUGAAUCUCAGUUUGAAUACUUGAAGUCACAGUCCUUUGGGUCCAGUGAUUCAUACUCUUCGCAACCCUGUUCAAUGUCCAAUUCACCAAAUGGGCUCUCUUCCUCAGGCACUCUUUCUUCAAUGGUGGCAAACUUGAAAAAGGAUGCGGCAUUGAAAGAGAAGAGUUUCCGGAACUCUUAUCCUCCAACUUCUAUCCCCAUGAAUGGUAAGACUGCAUUGAAUGCAUUACGUAUUCGAAGAUACACCGAUGGUUCUUUGUUUAGGAAGAAUCCACAAAAGGAUGAUUUGAAGGGUAGGACUGGAGGCAAAAGAGAGUACCUGUUAAGCCUUAAAGACGAUUUGGAGGAUAGGAGUGGUAGCAAAAGAGAGGAUUCAUUAGGAUUUAAGGAUCAUUUUGAGGACAGGAGUGGAAGCAAAAGAGAGGAUUUAUUAGGCCUUAAAGGUGAUGUGAAGGAUAGGAGUGGAACCAAAAGAGAUUAUCUAUUAGGCCUUAAAGAUUAUUUGAAGGAUAGGAGUGGAAGCAAAAGAGAGUAUCUAUUAAGCCUUAAAGAUGAUUUGAAGGAUAGGAGUGGAAGCAAAAGAGAGUAUCCAUUAGGCCAUAAUGAGUGGAGAACAGGUUCUUUGAAAUUGGAUGAAAAACCUACAAAUCCUGUUAAGGCUUCAUCUAGGGGCAAAUCUGUUAGGACUCAUCAAUAUAUAGAAGAGGCAAUGAGUGCUGGAGAGAGAGAUGGGAACCGCAUCAAAGAUAAGAUCAGGAAGGCAGAAAAUGAUGAAAUCGAGGGAAUUCUUAAGGGAAAAAAUGAGAUGAAAAGUGGAGGCUUUGAUAAUCAGUCCACCGUUGCUAGAAAGCAGGAUGUUGAUAAUCACUACCCUUUGCAAAAACCAACAUUCGCAGAGCUUCAAAAGAGAAAAGACAAACAAUCCUCACAGGAAUUUGCCUUGGAGUCUAAAGAAGAACCAGAAAGUGAGGUUGAAAAUUUACAGUUAAACUUGUAUCAAAAGGCUGUAACCAAGUGCGUAAAUGAUGCUGAGCCUGACUCUAACGAGGUUGAUAAGAAGGCUGGUGAGUUUAUAGCCAGAUUUAGAGAGCAGAUUAGACUUCAGAAAAUGUCAUCAAUAGACAAAUCAAAAGGGCUAAAUUAUUUUAGUGCCUUGUUAGGAGGAAGUUUGUCCUCUGCAUCCUCCAAUUCCGCAGGAAUUUUCUUGAUUCUCAUAUGAAUGGGUUGAUGAUGCUUUUUUUUUUUUUUAUUAUUAUUAUUACAAGCAGAUAUAACAGUACUUUCCUACUGCAUACAAUGCUUUAAACUUGAGAAGCACCUUAGUUUGAACAGUUUUAUGCUGCCUACAAGCCUUAAAAUUCGACUUUUAUAUUAUUUCUUCCUGUCUCUUUGGUCAAUAAACGACUUCUUUUUCCCACUAAUGAAAUCGUAGUUCUGGUUUACAGUCCCCAAUUUAUUUUGUACACGUUCACUAGAAAAAGAGAAUAUGAAUGGCCAUGCUUACAGCUCUUAACACUGUUGCCCAUUUAAUGAAUGACGACACUAUUGUUCAGGAAAGAUAAGUUGGUUUCUGCGUCAACAAGCUUUUUGAUGUUAAGAAUCUGCUGAAAAGCCAUUGCAUAUAUAUAUAUAUAUAUAAAACAAAAUAACAAUAGCUGCUUUUGUUUGACCGUACGCUGUCACCUGAUGUGAAUCUCAUGGAGAAUCUACAAUAAACACUGCUAUUGGUCACCAUGGAAUGGCUGAAGAAUGAUUGAUACGGCGGAUGGGGUUGAAUUUUGUGUGUGGUUGUGACAAAACGGCAGCGUUGUAAUGACAAACCGGUGAGGCGCCAAUGAUACCAUUCCUGUCCAUAGAUUUUCUUGCAUCAUUGAUUUGGUAGAAAUAGUAAAAAGCUUCCAUAAAAGGCAUUUACAUGCUCAAAUUGGUUAUUUAGUAAUAUCUCGAUACGUUGAUUUGAGAUUGGGUUAAAACUAAUUUUAGUGAUGAAAUUGACUCACAAUUGAAUUAAGUGAAUCGUGUCAAAUUGUGAUCAUUAAAUCAAACAAGUUUAUCUAUUAUAAAUGUCAUCCUUAUGUUAUUAAGUUAAAAUUUAUUUUAAAUUUUUAAUUAUAUUAUGUUGGCAUUAUUAGUUUGAUUAAUUGGUUGGAUUGAUCAACCUGUAGCCUUUUAACUGGAUCAAGUUUGGUUCAGAUCUAAAAACAUUUAAAUCAAAAUUUCAUUUUCUUAUAUUAACCAAAAAAAAUUAAGAUGACAAAAAUGAGGGUGCAUAAAGUAAUGCUGAACAACAGCAGCGGCAUAAUUGAUAGUAGUGUUCAACCGCUCAACCCAACUAAAGAGAACAGGCAGGGCGCAGGGGAACGGGCGUACUUGUGCUUCAUAGGAGCUGUGCUGAUGAUUUUCUCAACUUCCACUCUUUGAUUUCCUUUUCACCUUCAUUUCCCACUUCAGCAUCUUUGCUCUGGCCUCAGAAGAAGCAUGUAGUACUUUGCCGCUUUAGUCACAACACGAAAGAUGAUGAUGGAGCAAAAAAUGGGUGCACUGGGGAAUGAAAACGCAGGUUUCUGUUUCUUGUUUUGUUCUCUUCAGGCUUGUUCCCAACUUUAUCUUCUUCUGGGAAGACAAAGAGUAAGAACCCAUAUGAUGAGAGACGGUUGCUAGAGCAAAACAAACGUAUACAGAGAGAAAACAAUGCACCAGAAGACUUCCCAAACUUUGUUAGAGAAGAUUUGUGCAUUCUUCUGGAAAUGUAGAAGAUCGCCAAUUUCAAUUUUAGAGGCCUUUUUUUUCACAAUAUAAUGUUUCUGAAAUUGGAGUCUUCUCUCUUGUACGAUGAUUUAGAGCUUUUGUUACAAUUAAUUGUUGCAAGUUGUGUAAAUAUUAUCCAUGCUACUGGCAGGCGACAAUGACAUUAAUCUUUGUGAAUCUGUUCAGGUUUCGGAGUUAAGGUAGUAGGGUCGGAGAAUUACAUAAAGCGUGACUCAGGACUUAUAUAUUGGGAUUUUGAAGUUGGUCAAGGUGAUUGGCCAAAAACUGGUCAGCAGGUUUUUCUUUCAUUGUCUUUGGAAGCUGCGGGCUCCUUUUCUUUAAUUUUGCCAUGAAUUAUGAUAUUUCACCUGGUUCUCCUUAUUAUGUAUAGAUGGAGGCUAUUUGCAAGUUAUGUUUGACAUCUUCACUGUUACAGGAAUUAGAAGAGGAAAAAAAGUAUUUCUUAUUAAGUGUAGAAGGUUUAUUAGGCGGUCAGCAGCCUAUAUUAGUUUUGUUAAUGCAGACUUUGAGUAGUUCAACAAGGACCUAAACUCUGCAUGAACUACUUGAAAAGGGAGGCAAAGUAAGGAUGAAUUAGAUUACUGAAGCUGUAGGCUUAUCUAUUUUUUAGGACUAAGGAUUUUUGGGAAAACGUACUUAAGGUCUAGUAUAUAAUGUUAUAUAAAUGAUAGUUAAGGUUGUAAAAGGGAAGAGAAAGAAAUUAGGGUUUGGCCUUUUAAGUUGAUUUAGGAGUUUUCCGAUGCUUUGAAUGGCUGGAAUUGAGAGGUUCUUAUUCCUUAAAUUGCCAGUUUAUCUACCACAAAAUCCUCUUUCACUAAUAUAAUAGUUCUGUUUCUUUA